AUGGCGUCGACAGAGAUUGUUGCUGUUGUUCAAUUUGUAGAUGUUAAGGUUAUAUUAGGAGGUGUAUUUGUCAAAAAAAUAGGAGAAUCAAGAGCAAUUACAAAAUACAUAGCACAUGCCUACGAAGGCAAAGGAACAUCUCUUAUAAACAAAGACAAAAACCAAAUGGCAAACAUAGUCGUGUGGAUGGAAGUCAAAGCUCACCGAUUCGAUCCUAUAGCCACUAAACUCAUUCAUGAGCUUCUUUUUACGGACUUUUUUGGCAAGGAAAUCGACAACGCGUUUGUUGAGGAGAAUGAAGCACAAUUGGCUAAGGUCCUUGACGUGUAUAAGGCACGGCUAGCAAUGUCCAAGUACCUAGCUUGUAAAUAUUUCACAUUGGCUGAUCUUGAUCAUAUGCCUGCCCUUCAAUACUUAAUGCGUACAAAAGUGAAGCAAUUGAUCGAUGAACGCCCUCAUGUUAGUGCUUGGUGUAAGGAUGGCUUGACUAGGCUUGCUUGGGAAAAGGUUUGGGCUUUGCAAGAAAAGAGGUUGAAGUGGUUGAACUAA